UUUCGUCCGCGGGAAAAAUGGAGGUAGAUGCUCCGGCAGAUAGCACGAUGGACGCGUAUUGCACAACAAGAAUGCUGUCCAAUGGAGACAGGACUCUGGAAGACAUCCAUCAGAUCAUGGAGUUUGCAAAGUUAGACAGGGCUGAAGUUAACCCCACAGUACAAUGUCUACAUUUCUCCACACACAUGGACAAUACUUCUGUCAAACUUAUGGAAGUUGAUGAAUCUUUGUUGGAGCAUCUGGUGACUGGAGAAAGAUUGACUAUACGUGGCGACAAGACUGAUAGUGCGGUAGUGUGUACAAAUCGUAAAACAUUUGAAAUUAAAGAGGCAGAAACCUCAAACUCAGUCUUGAUUUUGCCUGACCUUUUAUUGCCAGAGAAAUUGGGGGAAAAGGAGAUAAUCAUAGAAAAAGAGGUAUCAGCUAUACUCUACAAUUACUUUGAGUUACGCCCCAUUAAACCAAGACUGAAAAAAAUGAAGGAAUUAUUGGAGGAGAAUGUGUAUAGUGGACCAGAAUGUGAGGAAGAUGAAAAUCAUCAUGGAAGAAAGUAUUCUUAUGCUGAUUUAAAAGAGUUAGUACAAGCAAGUGAAGGAGAAAUCCAGGAAGGCCUCAAAGCUCUACAGGCUGUAGAAAUAGAUGGUUACAUUAGGAUGUUAGACUUUGAUUACUUACAAAAAGUACUAAGUAGCAUCGCUGGCCUGGUGGAGGAGAACGACUGGACAACUGACCACUUGCCCCUGAGGACAUGCCUGGAGGAGCUACAAGAUCUCUAUGACAGACACAUCAUAAUCCAUGUCCUUGAUUGCUAUGGAACAAAAUCUGAUCCUGGUGGAGGGAAAAAUAUGGAAGCUGAUUCUGCAGAUGUGGAAUAUGCAUUAUGUGAAAGCAAAAUCUGUAGAUUUUAUGCAGAAAUUUUGCUACGUGCAUCAGAAAAGUUUAACCUCCAGGAAUUUUUAUUGACAUGGCAGGAAAGUGUACCAGUGGGAAUGAAAACGGAUUCCUGUCAGCUUGAGGGACUUGCCUUGAUAGAUAAGACGAGUAGACCUGAAGUGAUUAUCUAUUUCCCAGUGGAAGAAUUACCUGAAGAUAUAGAAGCCAGGUUUAAUGCCUUGUUCAGAGUAAGAGAAAAAUGGACAAAGGAGGAAAUUACGCCAUACAUAAAGGAUGUGGCAACAGAAAAGAUGGGGACUGGUGCUCUUCUCAUGAAAUAUGCCAGAGCGUCCACAUCAAAUGGAGUCAAAGUAUACAAUUCAAAGAAGGCAGUCACUUGAGAGGCAGACCAGUAU